AUGCUGACUGCAGUGCUGCUGAGCUGUGCCCUGCUGCUGGCACUGCCCGCCAUGCAGGGGGCCCAGCUGGGCUUGGCCCCCCUCCAGGACAUGGGAAGGCCUGACGAGGUCCUGAUACCAGAGCUCCCAGGCCUGUCACUGAAGAGGACAACUGCAGAACAAGCAGAAGAGGCUCUACUGCAGGAGGCCGAGGCCCUGGCAGAGGCGCUAGACCCGCAGGACCGCGAGCCUCGCUCCCCGCGUCGCUGCGUACGGCUGCACGAAUCCUGCCUGGGACAGCAGGUACCGUGCUGCGACCCGUGCGCCACGUGCUACUGCCGCUUCUUCAACGCCUUCUGCUACUGCCGCAAGCUGGGUACUGCCAUGAACCCCUGCAGCCGCACCUAG